GCAACAUUUGCCUGCAAGCACUGAUCUCCGAUCUCUUCGCAUCCAGGAUCGAGUUUAGAAAUCCCUAGCAUAUUCUCAGCUAGUCCAUCUGCAAUGUGCACCAUUCUCGCCUGCGCAUUCGCUGGCCAGCUCGCUGCCCCAUUGCCCAGAGCCUCCGUUCCAGCUGGUGCAGCUGCCACAGCCUGCCGGGGAGGCGCUUCAGUCGCGUCUCACAUUGAUGACGGGCCAGGGGAGCAGUAGGGCGCUGAAGGGCUAGCUUGGUUGGGGGACUGCUUACAGCGGGGCGGGCAUGCUCUGACCCCUUGUGGCGAACCAGAGAGGACGCUCCUGGUGCGGGAGAUGGAUGUGGCUUCAACGAGGACAACAUGGCCCACUGCAGGACAGCAGUGGCCGCCAGGCAGAGCUGGCAGAGGAGGAGUGCCAUCGCAGGCAUGCGUGCAGCAUGCCAGCACAAUGCAGCAGAGCAAUGAGCAAACAGUUGAAGGCUGAUUUAACCCAGACUGCUCAAUUGCCGCCAAUUCACAACUGGAUUCUGCACGCUUAACCCCCACAUUUCCUGGAGAGUAAUACUAGUGAACUUUAGAUUGCACGCUUAUUUUUGAACGCUUACAUUUUGCACGCUUACAUUUUGAACGCUUACCGUUGGCACGCUGAGGUUUUGCACGCACUUUCUUCGAGGGUCCCCAUCAUAGACCAGUAGCAAUCAGGUGCUGCUGCCCCCACUUGGGCGCCAGCAUGGUCCACCUGUCCUCCUCCAGUGCCACCGCCAGCACGCCCGCGCGCCCGCGCGCCACCCGCGUCAAGCAGGAGCCCACCAGCCUGCCCUUGGCUCAGGCUGCAGCCUCCCCUCGCGCCGCGUGUGUUACUGAGGAUGCGUACGCACGGGCGGCGGGCCUGCCGUCCCCCAGCUCGGCCGUGUCCCCUGCGGGCGCCUGGAGCGUUGCUUGCAAGCAGGAGGACGAAAGUGCGGACGGCGGGGAGAGCGCACGCCGCAGGCCCAAGCUGAGUGCAGCACACGUGGAAGCCCUGGAGGGCAUCUUUGAGAGGGACCCCGCAGGAGCGCCAGGCAAGCGUGCGGCGCUGGCGCGGCAGUUUGGCGUGUCCCAGCAGCAGAUUGCCACCUGGUUCCAGAACCGGCGCGCCCGGCAGCGCACCAGGCAGCUGCAGCACGACUUUGACCUCCUCAGAAAGUGCCUGCGCGCCGCUUUCACGGAGAACCAGGCCCUCAAACUAGAGCUCGACGACCUCCGCCAGGCGCACGCCCACUGCCUUCUUCCCCCCAGCUCCCCGCCCGCUGCACCCGCUGUCGCCUCAGCCAGCCUGCCUGCCCUCCGCAACCUGCCCGCACCCUUUGCUCCCCCCCAGCCUGGCUCUCCCGAGAAGCGCCCCCGCCGCACCCUGUCAGCGCCACUGCUGAAGCGCGCGCGCCUGUCCCCAGCGGAGCCUGCGCCGGCCCCGCUUGCCGCGGCACCACCACACGAGGCCCCACUGCCCGCGCUGCCUGUUCCCUUUGUGCUGCCCACUUCGACAAUGCCCCUGCCGGUUGUUGCCGCCGGGAGCGGGGGUGAUGAGGUGCACUCCGGAGGCGCCCGUUCGGCUUGCUUCCCUGCGGCGCCUGAGGAGACGACUUUGGACGAAGCCUUCCGCGACCUGCUGACGAGUGACCCGCUGGACGGCGGCCUGGGCGGCAUGGGCCACCACAGUGCGCCCGCGCCUGACCUGGCCUGGGGCGGGUACGCCGCGCAGGGGGAUGGCGCGGGGGCCGCGGAGUGGGGGGCCAUGGAGUGGGAGGGCGAGGCGGACAGCGCGCUGGAGGGCCUGCUGAGCGCGCACGCGCUGGACCCCAUGUUCGACCUGGAGGCCGCCAGCCAGGCGUGCGCGCGCGAAGACCUCAAGAUGCAGGCCGCGUGGUGGCAUUAGCGCGCCACCUGCCCAAGGGGAGCCAUGCCAACAGGAGGUAUGGCCGAAGCAACUUGUAACAUAGCCCAUGUGUCGAACAGCCUUCCAAGAAACUGCACGCUAUGGUCGCUCGCUUGCAUGCUCACGAGCUGCGGGGCGACGACUUCUACAUGAGGAAGUGGCGGCACGGCACUGCACGCGCAGGACAUGCCCGCAGAGUAAAGAUUGCUCAAUUUUGGCAAGCUAGCUCGCACUGAUAACAUUGGAGAAUUGUGGCUUAAAGCCAGGACAUUCUGUCGUAGGGCUUACUGCUAGAGGUGCGCGCGUUGAUUUGGACAACGGUUUCUGACUAGAGGCACGCGCCAAACGUUACUGUAGAGUACCCACAGGCUGCAGCGCGCUUCAACGCGGCACCAACACCCAGAGGACUCGGAAGGCGUUCCAGUGCUUUGUGGCCUUUAGGAGUGGAUCAAUUGAACUUGACAGCUCGCGAACUCUAAGGACUGCAAAUUAUAAGCAUGUCCAGACCAAGUGCAUCAUUCAUUGACCCAGGCAGCAGUACCUUAAUCUGCAUGCCCGGCCCGAAUACUAGGAAUCACCACAUUGGCC